UAGCAAAAAGAGAUCCAAACAACUGUGUUUGAGAUAUGGGGAUUACGCAUUACAAUAAGGAUCAAGUAUUCAUCAGUUUCCGGGGAAAAGACGAGCGGUACGGAUUCUUAACUCAUCUCAAACAGAAGUUGAUCGAUGGCAAUGUGAAUGUGUUCACUGACGACAAUGUGACUGGACAACCGCUCCAGAACCUCUUCGGACACAUCCGAAAGUCAAGGAUCGUGAUUGUGAUCUUUUCCAAGAACUACGCCGAGUCAGAUUGGUGUUUGGACGAGCUUGUGGAGAUCAAGAAAUGCUUUGAGACGGAGGCGCUCAAAGCAGUCAUACCCAUCUUCCAUAAGGUGAAGGUUUCAAGCGUUAAGAAACAGAGCGGAAAGUUUGGGGAAAAGUUUCUGGCUUUGCAAAACUCUUUGCUUGCUGAAGAAGUCAAUAAGAAAAAGAUUAAGCGUAUUAAUUCCAGGAUCAAGAGAUGGAAGAAAGCUUUGAAGAUCGUCACUGAAAUAGCUGGAUUGACUCAUGACAAGAAUAGUCCUGAGCUGGCUUUCGUGGAGAAAGUCGUUGAAAAGAUUAACAUAAAUUUAGCCAAUAUUGCAGCAGAGGAAGGGCGUAAUUAUAGUACUCUAGAAACUAGUGAGACAUCAGGAAGACAACCAAACCAGAUUAUUUAUAAUGUCAAUCAGUUAAACAUAAACAUCCGGCUCCAUCGUUCAAAGAGCUUGGAAACUUUGAGACUGAGCUAUAAUCCUGAAGACGACAACAAGAGUAUUGAUUUGAAGCCUUCGUCUUCUACUCUUACACGCAGCGCCUCAAAUCUUGACCAUAGAGAUCAAUAUGGCCCAUUUCCUUUUGAAGCGCUCAUGGUUAAAAAGCAGAAUGAGAAUCAACGGAGCAUUGCCAAUAUUGUCCCGGAAAAAACAAAGACGUGGCACAGCUUGCAUUUCGUCUCUGCGUUACUGUUUGGAGCUUUGCUUGUGUCUUACAUGAUGCGGAGCAAGAGAUGAUCCAAAGGAAGGAAUUGCCGAAAUGAACCUUCCGUUGCAAGCAAUUAAGAGUCUGUUUUGUUUUUACUUGUUUCUUAAGCAAAAGCCUUUGUUCUGUCGUCUUGAAAUUGUACUCAUGCUGAUUUUUACGUUGAACAAAGAUCAAUUAAUAAAAGAUAGUUCGAUGC